AUGAAGGAAGAGACAGAACCCAGAGAAACCCCCGAAGGCUCGACUGCCGGUGACGAGUCGAAGGCCAGCCUUGCUGCAAAGGAUCGCAAAUGCCAGUACUGCCAACAGGCGUUUACCUCCUCCUCACUAGGUCGACACCUCGACCAAUUCCUCUUCAAGAAGAAACCCGACGGAAUCCACGAUGUUGAAGAGAUCAGACGAAUUCGCAGUGGAAUCACCCGGCGCCAAGCCCGAACAUCCACAGGGAAGAACGAGGGCAGUCCUGAACGAGGCCAGAAAAAGGGUGCAUCAGAGCCGUUCACAGCUGCAGACCCGGGGUCGAAGUCGCGCGAGGCUCCGGUGCGCAUGAUGUUUAACACACCCACCUGGCACGCGACUGGAGUGAUCAAUGAUAUCCCCAAUCCCAGUCGCGUACCGGAUGGGCCACGCAUUGCGCCAUCGCAGUCUCGGACAGGGUCAUUGCAACUGCCGGACUAUGCGAGUCGAGGUGCUACUUCCAGCAAUCCGGAUACGAUGCGGGCGCUAGAGCUAGCACUACGCGAGGUGCUUGAUAAUAUCAAAGCUGCGAGCUCUCGUACCCGACCUCGGCUGUCUCCUUUCGACUUCGACAUGCAAGCUCAGACUUUCCCCUCCAUGUGUCUGCAGCUGCUCCCUCCUCCACCAAGCCUGUUUGCGACACAUCCGUUUCCCUCCUCUACCUCGUUUCCCCUCCAGCCUCCCGGCGUCGAACACCUUGAUAUAAUCCGCCAAGCCCUUCGCUCCAAAGUCGCACAAUGGCAGACCGACCAACUCGCAGCAGACUCUACUGGCGCGGCUCACACGAGGCAUGGAAAUAGCGGGGUGGAUCCGAACAUGAUAUAUCGGAGCGCACAGCAACACGAAGAUAUCAGUUUCCGACAUUUAGAACUGGCGUUCAAUCAUUGGAAUUCUCUGCCUCACGAGACCCGUCGCGAGGCAUGGCAAUUGGAGAUCACACGCGCAUUUGCGCGGGAGGUAGAGAGGCGGAAGUCUUCGGACGAGCAACUCGUUCGAGUGCAACAGGAAGCAAAUCAGCUACGCGCACAGGUUGAGCGCCUGGGAUCCUGCCAGUGGCCCCACAGUCACAUCAGCGCGGACUCUACACGAUGGGACUAUGACAGCGUGGUCGCCAAAUGGAAACGUGUUGUUAUGCACGAUAAAGGCAUGGGCCGGAUUGGAGUUGGCUACGGAAACCCCCCUCAGCUGGGGGAUCCAGAACAAAGUCAGUCCCAGCAAAGCCCUGAUGUCCGGCCUCCACGCCCAGGCGAAGACACCACCUCUCAUCCGAACCGCCUGCGUCCCUUGCAGUCUGCUACGGCUUUGAGUCCAGAAGCCGCAGCUGUUUCCACCCCUGCUUCAUCUAACCACUACGCUUCACCCCAUUCCUAUGCAGAUUCUCGCAGCCCGCCCAGCUCCUUUCCCAGUGGUCUGGCCCAGGCGGGUGCGCUGCCUCCAGCCAAGCGGCAGCGCCUCAUGAAUGGCUCAGAAGACCCGUCUGGUCCCUCGUCCGAGUCUUCUCAUGCUCCUGCUGCAGCUGGUAAACCCUGGGGAUCUUCCACACCCCAUUUAUCCAAUCUUGCUGCACCAUCGGGACAGACGCCUCCGUCUUCCAGGAAUUGA